CCCAAGAUAUUUUAGUUUCUUAGCUCUUAAGGUUUUAUCAGCUUUUUAUUGUUUAAACUAUUCUGUGGCGCUUCUUCAAUUUGCUUGUCUGUACGCACCCAACCCUGCUCUUUUCGUACUAUAUAUUAUGAUAUGAUAUCACCUCGCUUCGUUUCUCCGUCACAACCCUAAAGGCAAAGGCAAAGGCAAAGCAAAAAACCAGACAUAAAGCUGAGAACUUUUCAUUCAUUCGUACAUUGGAAGAGAAUCUCAGCCCUAAAAAGGCCUUUUUUUUUUCUCAUGCCAUAAUCGUUUCACAACUACAAGGCCUCUUCAUUUCACUCUCCUGGAAGGAAGAGAAACACUAAAAAUCGGAUCCCUUUUUUGGUUGCUUGGUUCUUGCAUCAAAUGGCGGAGUCAAGGAGGUGCAUUUCCAAAGCAGAGCUUGAAAACCACAAAAAACCAGGAGAUCUGUGGAUCGCUAUACAUGGCAAGAUCUAUGAUGUCACGGAAUGGAGUCACGACCACCCUGGAGGGGCACUUCCAUUGCUGAAUCUGGCUGGCCAAGAUGCCACCGAUGCGUUUGUAGCCUUUCAUCCAGGCUUAGCUUGGCAAUAUCUUGACAAGUUCUUUACUGGGUACUAUCUAAAAGAUUACUCUGUCUCGGAGGUAUCCAAGGAUUACAGAAAACUUGCUGCCGAGUUUUCAAAGAUGGGUCUUUUCGAAAAGAAAGGACAUGGAACAUGCUUUUCACUUUGCUUCAUAGCAUUGUUUUUUUGGGUCAGUGUUUAUGGUGUUUUAUGCUGUAACAGCGCAUGGGUGCAUCUCUGUUCUGGCGGGUUAAUGGGGUUCUUGUGGAUUCAGAGUGGGUGGAUGGGACAUGAUUCUGGCCAUUACCAGGUUAUGUCUAGCAGAAAAUUCAACAGAUUUGCUCAGAUCCUUACUGGGAAUUGCCUUGCAGGGAUCAGUAUUGGUUGGUGGAAAUGGAACCAUAAUGCUCAUCACAUUGCUUGUAAUAGUCUUGAUUUCGAUCCAGAUCUUCAGCACAUGCCUUUAUUCGCGGUAUCUUCAAAGCUUUUUAAUUCGCUUACAUCUUAUUUCUAUGAAAGGAAGAUGAAUUUUGAUUCUGUUGCUAGGUUCUUGGUUAGUUACCAGCAUUGGACAUUUUAUCCUGUAAUGUGUUUUGCUAGGAUUAAUCUAUUUGCACAAUCCUUCCUAUUGUUGUUUUCUAAGAGGAAGGUACCAAAUAGGGGUCAGGAGAUUUUGGGGCUUCUUGUUUUCUGGACUUGGUAUCCUCUACUUGUUUCUUGCUUGCCUAAUUGGGGUGAGAGAUUGAUGUUUGUGGUUGCCAGCUUUGUUGUUACUGGAAUUCAACACAUUCAGUUCUGUUUAAACCAUUUCUCAUCGAGUGUUUAUGUUGGGCCGCCUAGUGGAAACGAUUGGUUUGAGAAGCAAACUGAUGGGACACUUGAUAUAUUGUGCUCAUCCUGGAUGGAUUGGUUUCAUGGUGGUUUGCAGUUCCAGAUUGAGCACCAUUUGUUUCCAAGGAUGCCUCGGUGCCAUCUCAGGAAAAUUUCCCCAUUCGUUAAGGAGCUAUGCAAGAAACACAAUUUACUAUACAAUAGUGCAUCAUUUUGGAAGGCAAACGCAAUGACGAUUGGAACUCUUCGAUCAGCAGCAUUGCAGGCUAGGGAUCUCAGCAACCCAAUUCCAAAGAACUUAGUCUGGGAAGCAGUUAAUACUCAUGGGUGAGAUGAAAAAUGUGCUGCUCUCUAAGUUUUGUUGCUGGAGUUAUUUUGUCCUGCCAUGAACUGGGUAUAAUAACUUCAUUUCAAUUCAGAGGGUGCUUAUCCUUGGUUUCAAUGGAAUAAUAAUCAUCUUUGUCAUUGCUUGUAGGCUUCAAUUAUUUAUAGUUGAGCUGCAUGUUUAUGAUAGAGCUUUUAUGACUAGAUCUUAAAAGUUGCUUACUGAUUCCUGUAGGCUGAUAAAAAUUUUCCUCUGUUCAUGCUCUUAAGUAACUGCCAGUACAUUAGUUGGAUGUAAAAUAUUGCAUUUAAUUUUGUUGUUUCUUUUGAUAGUAUACUUUUAUGGGGCUAUGUUCUUUUCUCUAUGAUUGUUUGAGAUUUUGUAUGGAUGUAACAUUUGAUGGUUUUUAGGUCAAUUUGGAAUAUGAAGAUCUGUCCUUUUCCGGACAAUUCUCUCUUGUUGCAUUUCCUGAUACAUUUUUUCUCUUCAUAAUGCUGAUGGUUUUUGUUUCGACAGGCAGAUUGCAGAUCCUUAUUAUUCAAUCAGACUAAAAUGCCUUUCAAAUUUGUUUGCUCUAAAAAGGUUUUCCUCUUACUGGUUGUCAAUUGUUGUAUCAUUCAACCUAAUUUUCCCACCUGGCAAGUUCUGAUUUGCUUUUUCCAUCAAUAAACAGACAAUUUAUUUUGGACAAUUCGACCUUGAAACCAGCAUUGCCAGCCUAGAAUGAGGACCCCUUCUCUUUAGUUGCCAAUCUGGCUCCUCUAAAUGCAAUGAGCCACAUGAGUUUAGUUGCCAAAAAGGAGGGCUCUGAAGCCUUGACAGGAGCCAGGGAAAAACACUGUUAGAUGAGUGAUUACUAAUUGGUGGUAGAGAGGACCCAAACCCAAUCCUCCACCCUUCAACAGACAUCUCACAUCUGUGACUGUGAGCAGUGGUUUACAUUGGAGUGAUGGGAUAGUUUUUGGACAGUAGAAUAAACAACAAAAGGGAUCUCAAGCAGGCUAUUUUCACAAUGGAUACUCGGUAAUGCUUGGCUUGGUUCUUGAAACAGCUGUAACCUAACCAUAAUCAUAGUUAGGUUGAAGGCUAGGCAUGUAGUAGCAGUUAUUCUCUUCCACACUUGGAAACAUAUAGGCUCACGUGAUACUUGGACCAUUUGCAGUCCAAUAAAUACCAUGAUAAAUGAUACUAUUGGCACAUGCGG